CAGGACACAUUUAGUUUCCAAAAACGAUUUUGCAUUAAAAUAGAAGCAAUAUGUCGAGUUUAAUUUGUGAGAAAUUCUCUAUGGAUUUGAAUUCCGUAGCAUCAUGUCUGAUGCGCCCGCCAAAAGAUGAAAUUUGGGACGAGCUUUUUACAAUGCAACAUAAGGUUAUGGAAAAACUGAUUUCUGCUGGCAGGUGUGACGGGACAUUGUUCACCUUUGGCGUAAUGGGAAAUUCUUCGGAAGCCAUAACAAAAAUACAUGAUGGAAAAUAUGAGUUCCAGGUUAACGUGAAAUUUCCCUUUGAACUUAACCCCAUUCGGGACGAAAGUCGUCCUGGCUUUGUGAUGCUCCAAGCUGGAGAUCUUGUAGAACAUCCAGCCGUUUUAAACGGGUUUCUCCAACGCGAUGCCCUUGCUCGCUGGUUUUUUUUCCUUAUAAAUAAGGAUGAGACAAUCAUCCAGAAAUUUUCAUUGGACGGUGAUGAGUUUAUCAUGAGUUUCCCCCUGAUUAAUAAUCGGUCCUCUGUGCAACUGAUCUGUAAGCCAGUGCUCCAGUUUGACUUCUCGAAGUGGCCGCUGCCAUAUCCGGAGGAUCCCGAUGGUGGUCUGAGUUUUUGCAACCGUCCCUGGUACGCGGUACCCAGGGCGACUGUACCUUUGGACAAGCGGAGCUUUAUGGUCUGGGCUCCGGACUGGGAACGCUUUCUGAUGGAAUGGAACUGCCAUGCGAGCAAGGUGCUGCUUUUGAUGCGAGAAAUAAUGAAACAGUUUGGGAUAUACCUUCCCUUAGAUGUGGUCAAAUCGAUUAUACUGCGUAACAUUCAGAUCCUUCCAUUCGACCUGGGCAAUUGCUUCCUAGCCGUUUUCGAGGCUUUUGUCAACGAUUUGCAGGAGGGCAAAGUGACUCCAUUCCUUGUGGACAGUGUGAACAUGCUUCAAAUAGGAUCGAAUUAUGAGGCCACGAUUGAAAUGUACCAUUACACAGCCUCAAAUCUUUUGAUUACAUUUAAAAAUGUUAAGUCUCUAGCUCUGGCCGAUCAAGUCGUGACCGGUGGUGACAACCAAUCCUCAGGUUCCGAUGACGGGAUCAUAAUUCUCCUUGAUUUAUUUGGCUUAAAUGAAUAA